AUGGAGGCGGCUCAUCAUCGCCUCAGCGACGCGUGCUUGCUGGUGAGUAGGGCCGCGGGGACGCUUGAAGCGGCGUGUGCGGAGUACGAGACGGCUCAGGCGACGGUCAGGAGAUGGUCGCAGACCGGCACCGGUGACCCAACCUCGCUGGACGACGUCCUGGACCGCGCGAAGGGCAUCCGGCAGAUGCGACUGGACGACGGCGACGCGCCCUCGACGUCGAGCAAGAGACGUACGCUGCCGGUCGAUUUCGUCGAGCUCAAGCAGCGAUACAUGAGCGUCGUCCCGACGAACGAGCGGGUGCUGCUGGACAUCCGCGAGCGCGUCAGCGAAGCGUCGCGGGGCUUCAUGGACAAGCUCGCCGCGCGGAGACGACGACGCGGGGGCGCAAGCGGUGGGAGUUCGGACGAGCGCGAAGACUGUCUGAAUGCCAGGUCGGUCCUGGGCGCGCUCCGGUGGAUCCAGGGCACGAUGAAAGCCACGGACUGGACGCGGCUCAGGGCCGAGGAGAUGUCCACUGGCGAGCUGUGCGACGCCGCGUACGCUCUCGGUAACGUGGUCAGGCUGUGGAAGGAGUGCGGUCCGGUGCUCGAUGCGCUAAUGAACUCAGACGACGUCAAAGUGUUGCGGCGGCGGGACGAUUUCCUCACCGUCCUGGCGCAGUCCAAGCACCUCAGGUACGCCAACAGGAACGUCUACGCCGAGGUGGAUGAGCGGGCGCUGCGACAGAUGGACGGAGCGACGGGCGAGCCCUCGUUCCUGACCUGGCUGCCUCGCGAGUGUUGGCUGGACGGCUCGGCGCCGCCUCAACCCCCGGAACCCAACCUGAGCUGCGACAGGACGCAGUACGUGGAGAUUGCGCUGGUGUGGCAGCAGAUCCAGAUGAACUUCUUCAUGGCGCACCUGGAGAAUGCGUUGUACAAGGAGGUCGUGCCGGAGCUGUUCGACGAUAUUGACGACGAGGACGACGACACGGUGGCGUACAAGCUGCGCCUCGCCCGAUCGAUCGUACUGGCAGGGAAAUCUAGGCGAUGCGCGACCAUAGGAGUUUACCAGGACGUGGAGUGA